AUGUCUACAUCAGCUCCAAUCAACGACGAUAGUCUUGCCCGGAAACUUGGAGCAGAGUAUGAUUGUGUUAUUUUUGGCGGUGGACUGAGUGGCCUUGUCGUCACCAACCGCCUCACCGAGAACCGGAAGAGUAUAUCAUUAUCUGUGCUCGUUGUCGAAAAUGGUGUGAUUGACGAUCAGCCUGCUUCCAGAGUUCCAUCAAUCGAAGGGUUCCCGAAACCACUCGGUACAUUUUGGACACCGAAUACGAUCGACAAUUCCACCAAGAAGCGCUGUUAUGCUCGCUUCGCGUACUGCGACCCGAUCCAGAAACGGUCCACUUUGCAUCUCCUGACCAGCACCCAUGUUAACGAGAUUCUGUUCGAAUCAUGUGGAAAGCUCGCCGCAAGUGGUGCUAAGAUCACCAAUAACGGUAACGCCUUGACCACUUGCGUAUACGCAGCCAAGGAGGUCAUUCUUGCCGCUGGUGGUAUUUUCACCCCUCAUCUCCUCUUGCUGUCCGGAAUUGGCCCUAAGGAUGUUCUGUCAGCGGCAAACAUAUCCAUUAAAAGAGAGCUACCAGCUGCAUUGGGCCGUGGCAACGCAGCUGCUUUCCUUGCCUUCAAGCAGUUCUCCAGUAAGUACCACAACGUCACAGGCCAGAUCUCGAAACAAGAUGCAACUGCAUGCCAUCCUGAGCGGUACAGCAAAAACGAAGCGCUCUCAAAAGGCUUCUUCGCUCAACGAAAGAUAUUAAUCGAGCACUAUCUCUCAGACAACGCAGCUACUGGUGAAUACUCGAUUCAGCCAUGGGGGCGCGCAACGACAGCCGUGCAGAAGCCGUUGUCAAGGGGUACACUCACCCUCAACACAAUGCAUCUACUAGCGAACACAAUUGUAGUGCGCAACGCCUUCCAGAACCCAGUCGACAAACAGGUACUUGGCAAGCUUGUGCGCUGGAAUCGCAAGCACUGGGCCAAACAGCCUUUACUUCAGCGGUAUUCUCCGGUCGAGACGGUCCCUGGUGUUCAAUAUCAGACGGACGAGGAGAUCUUCGAUGCUAGUACCAAGGCUGCAGCUCUCGACCCAGCAUAUGCUCGUUCCAGUGGGUAUAUGGUGUGGAAAGGCUCAGAAUCGUAG